GCCGCAGCGCCGGCGGCGCCGGGCGGAGCGCGCAGUGGCCGCGCGGCGCGGCGCGGGGCGCAGCCGAGGCGGGACGGGCCGAGCCGCGCCGCGCCACGGGGCGGGCACAAAAGCGCGGGGCCGCGCCGCCUGCGAGGGAGAGCAGCGCCGGCUCGGCGGGCCGUGGCUCCGCUUCCCCCCCGCGUCGGGCUCGCAGGAUGCCGCGCAGCUGGGCGCGGGUGCUGGGGGCGCUGCUGGCGGUGGCCCUGGCGCGCUGCUACAACGUGGACGUGGCCCGGCCCGUGGUGUACCAGGGCCCCAACGGCUCCUUCUUCGGGUACUCGGUGCUGCAGCACUUCCACGACAGCACGCGGUGGGUCUUGGUUGGUGCUCCCAAGGCAGAAUCUAAAUACAGCACCUCUGUUCAGUCCCCAGGAACAGUGUUUAAAUGUCGAGUCCAUACCAAUCCUGACAGAAGAUGCACAGAACUGGAUAUGGGUCGAGGCAAUUCCCGGGGCAUGCUGUGUGGGAAGACCUGUAAGGAGGACAGGGAUGAUGAAUGGAUGGGUGUGAGCUUGGCCAGACAGCCUAAGGCUGGUGGAAGUGUGCUGGCCUGUGCACAUCGUUGGAAAAACAUCUACUAUGAGACAGAGUACAUCCUUCCGCAUGGCUUCUGCAAUAUCAUCCCACCCAACCUGCAGCCGUCUGGCCGGAGGCUCUUGCCCUGCUAUGAAGAGUAUAAGAAGAAAUACGGGGAGGAGCACGGCUCGUGCCAGGCUGGAAUCGCGGGCUUCUUCACCGAGGAGUUGGUCAUCAUGGGGGCACCAGGAUCUUAUUACUGGACAGGAACUGUGAAAGUACUGAAUCUCACUGACAACAUGUAUUACAAGCUGAACGAUGAUGCCGUGAUAGCCAGGCGAUACACGUACCUUGGAUAUGCAGUGACAGCAGGUCAUUUCUCUCAGCCGACUACCACAGACGUUGUAGGAGGAGCUCCCCAGGAUGGAGGCAUCGGAAAGGUGUAUAUUUUUAGAACGGACAGGAGGUCGGGCUCUUUAAUAAAGAUUUUUCAGGCUUCAGGAAAAAAGAUGGGCUCUUACUUUGGCUCCUCCUUAUGUGCAGUUGAUCUGAACUCGGAUGGACUUUCAGACCUGCUGGUCGGAGCACCUAUGUUUUCUGAGCUCAGGGACGAGGGUCAAGUCACAGUCUAUAUCAACAGAGGCAACGGAGUCCUGGAAGAGCAGCUGGUUCUGAAUGGUGACAGUGCCUACAACGCACACUUUGGGGAGAGCAUGGCCUCCCUUGGUGAUAUUGAUGAUGACGGGUUCCCAGAUGUUGCCAUUGGGGCACCUAAGGAGGACAACUACAUAGGAGCAGUAUAUAUUUAUCAUGGAGAUGCCAAUGGUAUUGUCCCUCAGUACUCUAUGAAGCUGUCUGGGCAGACGAUAAGCCCAAUGCUGCGGAUGUUUGGCCAGUCCAUAUCGGGGGGAGUCGAUAUGGAUGGUAAUGGUUAUCCAGAUAUGACUGUUGGAGCCUUCUUGUCGGACAAUGUGGUACUUCUAAGAUCUAGGCCUGUCAUUACCAUGGACAUCUCCAUCUUCCUGCCAGCAUCCAUCAACAUCACAGCUCCUCAGUGCCAUGAUGGCUUGCAGCCAGUGAACUGCCUCAAUGUCACAGCAUGCUUUCGCUUCAGUGGCAAGCACGUUCCUGGAGAAAUAGGUUUGAAUUACAACUUGACUGCUGAUGUGGCAAAGAAGGAAAAGAGCCAACAACCCAGAGUUUACUUUGUGACUUCUGGAGAGUCAGUGGGGCAGAUCACAGAGAAGUUACAACUGUCAUACAUGCAGGAAAAGUGUGAGCCUUACCUAGCAUACGUCAAGAGAAGAGUCAAAGACGUGAUAUCUCCGAUUGUAUUUGAAGCUGCGUACAGCCUUGGAGAACAUGCGAUAGAAAGAGGGAAAGAGGAGAAGGAACUGCCUGCUCUCAAGCCCAUUCUCCGCUGGAAGAAAGGACAGAAGAUAGCGCAAAGGAACCAGACUGUUUUUGAGAGGAACUGUCAAUCUGAUGACUGUGCUGCUGAUUUAAAACUUCAGGGUAAAUUAUUGCUGUCUAGUGUUGAUGACAGAACCGCCUAUCUGGCACUGGGAGCGGUGAGGAAUAUCUCACUUAACGUUUCCAUCUCUAACAUCGGGGAUGACGCCUAUGACACCAAUGUCUUCUUCAACUUUUCUGGGGAGCUCUUCUUCAUCAAAAUGUGGCAAAAGGAGGAGCUAGGCAUUGCCUGUGAGUUGCUGGAGUCAGACUUCCUCAAGUGCAGUGUGGGAUUUCCUUUCAUGAGAUCAAAAUCUAGGUAUGAGUUCAGUGUGAUCUUCGACACAAGCCACUUGUCUGGGCAGGAAGAGACACUUACUUUCCUCGUCACUGCCCAAAGUGGCAACCUAGAACGCACCGAAUCGCUACAUGAUAAUACUCUAACCCUGUCAGUACCCCUGAUGCACGAAGUAGACUCAUCUAUCAAUGGAGAAGUCUUCCCUACUUCCUUUUUCUAUGGCGAUUCUGUGGAAGCAUCCAACUUUGUUCGGCUGGAAAACCACGCAUGUCUUUUCCAGUCUCUCAACUUCACACUGCAGGUUUACAAUGCUGGACCAAGCACUCUCCCUGCAGCUUUUCUUGAUAUUUCGUUUCCAAAUCGCCUCUCUGCCACUGGAGCUGAAAUAUUUCACGUUCAACACAUGAUGGUUGGUCAGGACAAAGGAAGCUGUUCGUUUCAAAAAAACCCCAGCCCAUGCGUUAUUCCUCAAGAAAAUGAAAAUAUUUUUCACACGAUAUUUGCUUUUUUCACAAAGUCUGGCAGAAAAGUAUUGGACUGUGAAAGACCAGGCAGGUCCUGUUUAAUUAUACGCUGCAAUUUAAGCUCAUUAGCAAAAGCAGAGUCCUGUGAUAUAAGUAUUUACACACUGCUGAAUACUGAGAUACUGAAGAAGGACAGUUCGUCAGUCAUCCAGUUUGUCACAAGGGCAAAGGUGCGGGUGGACCCUGCCCUCAGGGUUGUGGAGGUGCCCAAUGGGAGCCCAGAAGAAAAACCAGUGGUCUUUGAGGCUUUACACAAUCUGGAGCCUCGUGGGUAUGUUGUCGGAUGGAUCAUUGCCAUCAGUUUGCUGGUGGGAAUUCUCAUCUUCCUGCUGCUGGCUGUGCUCUUGUGGAAGAUGGGCUUCUUCCGCAGGAGGUACAAAGAAAUUAUUGAGGCUGAAAAGAACAGAAAGGAGAAUGAAGAUAGUUGGGACUGGGUCCAGAAAAAUCAGUGAACUGCCAGCAAAAAUCAAAAGCCCAGUCAUGUGACACGUGCCUGCUCGCCUAUAGGUCCUGCUCUCAUAUCUUCCAUAUGUGGAAGAAGGAAUCUUCUCCAGAUUUUUCGGAGACCCCAUUGAUGCUGUGUCUUUAUCACUCUAACAAGCUAGGGAACAUAUCCUGAGGCAACCACUGCAGCCACGUCAGGUGACUGGAGCAAUUUACACUUCAUUUAAGAGCUGAACUUUGAACUUUGGUAACGAAGCUGCAGUGCAGAGCAAUAUUUAUGAAUCCAACUAUGUGGUAUACCCUCAGGGGAGGACUGUUACCUAAAAGUAUUUUUUAUAAAUAUAAGCUUUUUAUAUUGAUUAUGUCUUUAUAUUUGUAUCAAUAUUUUAUAGUUUCUAUUGAAUAGCUAUAUAGUUCACUCAAGCACUGAUAUCUGGCUAAAUCCUUGGAAAUACAUAUAUGUAUAUAUAAAUCCUAUUGUACUUUUAAAUUUCAAUGCAAAAAAGAAAAAGAUUUGUAGAUAAAAGUAGCUGAAAACCUCAUAUACUUAAUUCACAAGGCUUGGUAAUAUUGUAUAUAGACCAUUUAAUGGCAAGAAGCCAAAGUCUUUUCAUUAUUUUUUUUUGAGUUGAAUUUGGUGUUUGAUUUAUAAACCAGAGAACCUAAAGUAUUACAUAUAUGCGAUGUUCUGUAUUUGAGUCUAUGCUUCACUGCCCUGGGUGGGAGAGAAUGAGACCGCUUCCUCGGUGACAUGUAGCAAGGCUUGUAGCUCACUCUGGCCGGGUACCUUUCCGUCACAGGGCAUUCUGCACUGAAGAAAGCAUCAGAGACUGCUUGCCUUUGGGACGUUCUCUUCUGCAGUCUCUAGUACUUCGAUGAUGGUCUAGGACUGCACAGGCGAGAUACCAAAAGGGUAUAAUUGGGCCAACCACUAUGGCAUUGAUGAAUUCUUUGGAAAUAAAAAAAAAUAAAAGAGAAAAAUAAGGAGCUAUAUUAAUGUUUGAAAGGAUAGUUUUUAAGCUACUGUUAAUGGUUGUGAUCUGUUGCUGUCAAAGCAAGUGACAAAUGGCUGCAAGCUAUGACCAUUAUGCCUGCCUUGUGAGUUUUACACGUGAGUCAUGGGUUUGUUUAUAUGGAAUAGAUGUGAGGGUUAAAAUGUAUUUUGAUCUUGAGAGUCCUUCUGUGGAUGUUUCUGGUACUGAAUGUCAUCAUGUCUUCAUCUAGUAUUAAAAAUGGGGUUUCACUGAGGUGCAGACAUUACCGAAUCUCAGAUUGCCGCUUCGUUCAGAGGUAAUAAUGCCUUAGCAAAUCAUUUGCUGAAUUGGAAGAAACUCACUUAUAGUUAAAUUAACCAUGUGUCUUCAAUAAGCUCUUGAGUUUCUGAACAGAAAUAGUGCAACUGCUAUAAGACUUGGUUUUAGAUUCUAUUUUUACUUUACACCUUGUGUAAACAAGGAAUAACGGUCCUGUUGGUAUAAAAUCCAUAUGAAGGAAAGAAGGAUCAGGCUCAAUGAUAGGAAAUGAAGGAGUAGCAGGAAUAAAAGGCUGGAGGAUGUCUCUUUCAUUAAGAGUAACCUAAAAGAACUGCUGGAGGUUUGAAAACUGAAUGCAGAGAACAUGCAAGAAAUCUACUUAUCCUUGCUCUUCCUUGCAAAUUCAUUAUAACUUCACAUUUUAAAAAAUUAACCAUGUCCAUAUUCAUGCUUGCUCUUUUCCCCCCCACUGGCAUUAAAUGCCCUCUAUUACUACAGUAUUGAUUAAUAUUUAUUAACUUAUCUAUCUGCACCCAUUAGGCAGAAGACAGUUUUUAAGUGAAUGAAGAGUAUUGAUUCAAGAUUUGAAAGGAAAAUCUAUUAGUCUAUUCAAUUUUCUUUCUUAAAACAAUCUCUAGUGAAUAAAUAAGACAGAUCUGGUAUAGCAAGUCAUCAUUUAAGCCAGAAUCUGAAAAGACGUACUAAGAAGAAAUCCCGCUAUAACCAUAUGUAGUUGGCUGCAGUUUCAUCAUCAAAGAGUGCAAAAACAAAAGGCUGAUGGUCUUUUAUUGCACUGUUGUAUUAUAAAAUAUUGAAUUCCUUCUAGUAUAAUUCAUCUAAAUUCAGUUAGUUUUGCUAGGAGUAUUUGGGCCUAACGUAUCGACUUCUGCUGUUGUUGAAAAAUACCUAAGAAUGGCAUAUAGAUGUUAGAGACAAAAUUACAUCAUAAAUAUAAAUGAAAUAUAAGAAAUUGGCUAAAGCAUAUAGUGAAAAGAAAGAAAGGAGUCCAUUUAUUUAAAAACAGUAAUUUUCAGUCACUGAACAAAAAACUGUUUAAAAAGUAAAGGUACUUACUUUUAAAAAGUAAAAGUUGAAAAGUAAAAUUUGUCCCCAAAUAAUUUUGAGGACAAAUGAAACUAUUUCUGAAUUUGAACUGAAUUUGGAAAGUUUCAAUAAAAAAAGGAGAAAAUACCAUUGAAAUUGUUAAAAUGUCUCAUUUCCACUUUUUUAAACAAAAAUUUUGUUUCAGAAAUGCCAAAAAUGUUUCAUUUCAAUAUUUUUGAAAACAAUUGUAACUUUUCAUUUGAAACAUCUUUUAAAAAUAUAUAAAGAAAAGAUUUUUAAAAGCUGAACUAGCCAUUCAACAUUUCAUACUGGGUUGAGCACAUAUUAUUUGUUUGACUCAAGACAAAAGAAGUUUUUGUCAUUUCAUUAAAGUAAAAAAAAAAUACCAUUUGAGUGAACCCAAGCUGGAUUUUUGUGUUCUCUGAGUUGAUAUAUCUAUUAUUCAUCCAGCACAAGUCCUCACUCAGUGAAAAUCAAGUCAUCAGAUAGAGUAGUGACAGAUUUCUGAAAUAGUCCAUAAGUUCUUAGUGUCAUGACUGUCAGGUACUUAGUAGUUCUGUUGCCACAGAUACUUUUGUUUUUAUAUGUAUUCUUACUCUUCAUAAUUUUCUUCUUUUUUUUUGGCAGAUUCCAUUGUGACCUCUUGCUUAGUUCCAGUUAGGAUAGUCAGACCACAUACCAAUACACAGUAUUAUAAACCUGUAAGUUCUCCUUUCCCCUCCUUAAAAAAAGAAAGAAAAAAACAAGCCAAACAAAAAAACUCACUAAGACCAGUUGCUUGCCAUCAGUUUCUACUCCCAGAAUUCUUACGAAAAUGUAAUAUACUUCAAGAACGUGUAGCAAAUAGCUGUGCUAUGGAUCUGCUGGUUUUAAAUAAAAAAUCAUAAUAAAUCUAAUUGUAUCAGAACUUUGGAAAUUGCGUCAAAAGUACUUUGGAAAAUGCUUAUGGGCCCUGGAAGUUCCUGUCUGCCAGCUGCCUUUUAAUUCCUUUGUGCUGUACGGGUUGUGCAGCAGAGCUGGUGGAAGUCCUUGUUCUCUGGUGUUUGGCCACUAUCAGAAACAUCAGCGAUGAUUUUCUGAAUAAAGCUAGUUUUUAAUUUAUACAAUUAUAAUGAGGAAGUCAGCAAACUGUGUAAGGUGCAGGUUCAGUGGAGCAGCCUCUGAAGCCACCUCAGAAAUCACUUGUGUGAUUUGAGAGAGCAAGUCUGCUUGAUGUGAACCCCAAGCCUAUGAACCGCUUCAACAUGCCCUUAACCUCAAGGUGGGAAAGGUCUUUUGCGAUGCUGACCAGCUAAGAUAACCCUCUCUACCUUGAUACAUGAAUAGGCGGGACUCCCUGUACAAGCCAGUGAUGUGUAGGUAAUUUGGAUUGCUGAAAGCAACAGUUGCACAAAGAUUGUGUUUGAAAAUAUUUAGUAUUGACUUUCUUGAAUGUUUUCUGUUUAUGGGCACAUUUUGGAGUCUUGCACGAGUUUCAAGCAUAGUAUCCAAGUGACAUGAGUAUAUAUAACAUUGCUUUCACUAAGGGAUUAAGGGAAUCAUAGAACUAAUUCCUACCUUCAUCGAGAUUCAUGCUCUUGCUAAGGUUUCUUCGAUAUAAGUGAAAGUAGGAUUUAGUUCAUUUAGUGUACAUUGAUUAAACUGGCAUGAAGACUGCAAUUGCUUUUGGAGCAUGGUUUGCAUAUGCAGUAGGAUACCCACAUCAUUGUCACUCCUUUUUCUUAGAAUGUCACUCCUUAUGUAUUGUAAAAUUAUAUGUUUCUUUUUGUGAACUUGUGGUUGGAAGAAUGUGUUCACGCUUAUUGACGUCACCUGUAUUCUAAUUCACUUGCACUGUUUUGGAAAUGUCAAGUUUACAAAGAUACAAGUGUUUUGAAUAAAAAGUGGCUGCGAAAUUA